AUGUUCUUUGUCUCCGCUUCGAAGGCAUUUGUUGCCCUUACUAUAGUCAGCUACACUGGUGCCAAUCCUCUGUCCCUGCCCCAAUGGACCCUGGUCGGCCCCAACGAUCAGCCGCCUCAAGCUCCAAUCCAAGGAUUCAACAAGCCCCAGAGUACCGCACACGGCAGCCAGGCAGGCCUUGGUGGGCUAAAUGUCGACAGCAUUAAAUCUGGUCGCUGCUACUUCUUCACAAACCCGGUAGACGAACACUUGGGUUCCGAUGGAGGUUAUUAUGCUUACCUGAAGUUCGGAUCCAAUGAUCGUCGGCGCCCUUUCCGCCUCUGCAGGGAACUUGAUACCUGUUCGCAUGGUGGGCCGGUAUCCGACCACGGCAAGUUCUGGUUGCAAGACUUCCAUGGCUCCGGCGCUUCCAAGGGAAGAAACAUAGUCGCUGGCAAUGAAUACGGCUAUCUGUACCCCAGUUGCCCCGGGUACACCAAUUAUCUGCACUUCAAGGCCUAUGACGACUCUGAUGUCGGUGAUGGCGAGGGAUAUGUCCGGCUGAAGCUGGUCGACGAGAAGGCUAAUUAUAACGGGCUGGAGAUCAAUGGCGCGAACUACCCCUAUCUGAGUUCAAAUCAGCAACAGACUAUUUCAGUGAAGUUCCACCCCGUUCGAUGCCCAGAUGACGAAGACGAUAUGUCCGAGCUGUAA